AUGUUAGGCAAUUGUUCAAGGUUUCUGAACUUCACGACACCAAGUUGGACCCCUCUCGCUUCUUCGCUGGAGAUCGCUGUACAGGAAUUUGGGUGGCUGGGCGACAAUGUUUCACCGGCCAUGACGAUUGCAUUGCCUCCUGUGCCCAAUGUGGUGGGAGCUUUCGGUUGGUUCACUGCGGUGUUCAGUGUGAAGAUGUGGAAAGAGUGUAAAGCAAAGAAGACCUGCCAACUGAAGCAGCCUCCGCCCUUCUGGGUGCAGCCUCCACUGCGAGUCCUCCCUCAGCUCACGGAGAUUGGCGAGGAGGAAGCAUGGGAACGGAUGCACUACUGGGGGGCAGUGAUUUUGCUCUCACCUUUGCUGAUGGCCUUCCUUUGCGAAGCGAUGCGUUGGUGCUUUGCCUGUGCCAAGCGGCGAAUAUCGCCGGGUGGCAAGUCAUCAACUGCAUCCAUUGCGUCAGGCACCUACAGGUCGCUUCAAAUGGAGGAGUCGAUGCCUGACUUAGAGAAACCCUUCACCGAAACAGUGGAGACGCCUCCUGAGCCCGAUCAUCCAUCCGGCUGCUGUUGCAUGCUGUGGAUCUAUCAUGCCAUGUGUGCUGGCCUGGUGGCCGUGGGUUUGCUGAACGGGUGGAUCUCCGGUGCCUUCGGGGGCGGCGUGGCGUGGGAGCUUUGGGUGAUUUGGCAGCAGAUUUGCCUUUGGAACUUGUUUCUGCAGAACUUGGCGCGAUGUGUGAUGCAGGAUGAAACUGCCCUGCAUGCCUCCACCGUCACGUCGGUGCUCUUCUACACGACACCCUUUUUGAGCGAGGUGGCCGAUAGCAUGAAGGAUUGGGUGGUCACAGGCAUUUGCAUUUGCCAUGCCCAGCGGAACUUGAUCGGCUUCACCGUGGGCUGCGGCCUCCUGGGCCUCGAGGCCUUCGCCUUGGCGCUCGGCGCCGUGGCCGUGGGCGGCGCGUUGCACCGCGUCACGGUGAAGAUCUCCGAGCGAACGCGGAUCAGCCCUCCGGCGAUGCUCCUGCAGGCACUCUAUGCCACAUUUCUGGUGACACGCAUCCCUAUUUGGGCGCUUGCAUGUAUCGCUGGUUGGCUAUUUGCAUGUACUGGUGCCCGAGAACGUCCCGUCUUAAUUUUCCUUCUCCCAACAAGUCUUCUUGUGCUUGGCCUCGUGCAAUGGCUCCGCUCGCUACACAUCACCUACGCAGACACGGCCUUUUGGUUUCUGGCUGAUGGGAGGCUGUUGGCGGUAAUCUCCGCUUAUGCCAUCCUCUAUAGUCACUUUUUGGCUGUGCUUCAUGAAGACUCUGCAAAGGAUCUUUGCAAGACCUUCAAGGCCAUCCGGUAUCUUCCCUUGAAGCCUCCCAGCUCCUUCCCGGAGGGCCUAGUGGACAAGAUUGCAAGGCAAGUUGGAAAUCUGUGCGUGGAUUUCUUGAGCAGUUCUCGAUUGCUCUUAGCUUGGUCGAAGGAUUUGCCUGAAGCCAUCAUUGCUUUGGUCCUUCUCUUUCAAAGUGCAACAGAUCAGCCAGGUUUGGGACUCAUCGGAUAUUCUGCCAUCAUCAGCAUUGUCAAAAGUCUUUUGAUUCCCUCCUGUCAGCAUCUCCUGCUUUCACAGCGAAAGGCGGCCUUUCAGCAGGCCUUGGUGGCUUUAGUCCGAUCCAAUGAGAGCGUGGAACUCCUGCUGCGAGACCUGCAGCCCAGCACGUCGACGAAGCCCACCGCCUCGUCGGCGUUGAGCGUGGAGCAAACCAGGCAGAAGCUACAGGUCUUGCUGAGCGAGGCGUCGCGGCAUUUGCUGAGCGAACUGAAUUUGGGAGAUGCUGAGCGCUUCAAGGCCUUUCACCUUUCGCGGGAGAAGUGGCUUUCGCAGGUGGUCACCUCGGAGGACGGGGAGAGAAUCAGGGGUCGAUUGGUGGCCAGCUAUGUGGAGACGGGCAUCUCUGCCAACGAGCUUUUUGAUCUGGGACAUAUGACGGGCAAUUGCAAAUUGGUGGGUUUCACGGCACUUGAGUGCAAGCUCAUUGCAAGAUUCUCUGCGAAACAGUGUAAAGAUGCAGGCUUCUUGGUAAGUGAUUGCCUUGGUGCUGGCUACACGACCAAGGAGAUCAAAGCGGCUGAUUUCUCUGCUAGAGAUUGGAAGGAUGCGAGCUUCACUGCAAAUCAAUGUAAGGAUGCCGGAUUUUCGGCAAAGGAGUGUGCCGAUGCAGGAUUCUCCUUCCAAGAUUGCCUAGAGGCUGGUUUUUCAGUGGAUCAGUGCAACGAAGCUGGUUUCGCAGCUGCAUUGUGCAUGAGCGCCGGCUUUUCUGUGAGAGAUUGCAAGGAUGCAGGCUUCUCAGCAAAGCAGUGCAAAGAUGCUGGCUCCUCUGCCAAAGACUGUAAAGAUGCCGGAUUCACUUCUAGUGAGUGUAAAGUUGCUGGCUUUUCUUCCACAGACUGCAAGGAUGCAGGCUUUUCGGCAAAGCAGUGCAAAGAUGCAGGCUUUUCUGGUUUGGAUUGCAAAGAGGCUGGCUUCUCUGCCAAACAGUGCCGAGAUGCUGGCUUCUCAGCCAAGCAAUGCAAAGAUGCAACCUUCUCCGUAGACGAGUGCAAGAUGGCGGGCUUUUCUGUGCUAGAUUGCAAGGAUGCAGGCUUUUCGGCAAAGCAAUGCCGAGAAGCAGGCUUUUCGGCUAGAGAUUGCAAUGACUCUGGUUUUUCUGCUGAGGAGUGCAAGGAGGCUGCUUUCUCAGUUAAAGACUGUAAGGAUGCAGGAUUCUCUGCUAGAGAAUGCAAGCUUGCUGGCUUCUUUGUCAUAGAUUGCAAGGGUGCUGGCUUUUCAGCCGAGCAAUGCCGAGAAGCAGGCUUUUCUGCAGGAGACUGCAAUGAUUCGGGCUUCUCUGCCGAGGAGUGCAAGCAGGCUGGAUUCUCAGCAAAAGAUUGUAAGGAUGCAGGAUUCUCUGCCAAAGAAUGCAGAGUUGCCGGCUUCUCUGUCAUGGAUUGCAAGGGUGCUGGCUUUUCAGGAGAGCAAUGCCGCGAAGCAGGCUUUGCUGGCGGAGAUUUCCAUGUCUCAGGCUUUUCUGCCGAGAAGUGCAAGGAAGCUGGUUUCUCAGCCAAAGAUUGCAAGCACGCUGGAUUCUCGGUUGAAGAUUGCAAAGAUGCUGGCUUCUCUGUCAAAGAAUGCAAGGAUGCCGGGUUCACUGCGAAAGCAUGCCGAAAUGCAGGCUUUUCAGCAAGCCAGUGCAACGAUGCCAGCUUUUCAGCAAAGGAUUGUAAGGAUGCGGACUUCUCUGCGAAAGAGUGCAAAGUUGCAGGCUUCUCUGCCACAGACUGCAAAAAUGCCGGCUUUUCAGCCAAGGAUUGCGCGGAUGCUGGCUUCUCUUUGAAAGAUUGCAGAGAUUCUGGCUUUUCUGCAGACCAUUGCAAAGAUGCUGGUUUCUCCGCUGGAGCGUACAAAAGGUCUGGCAGCACCGUGAAAGAUUGCAUGGACGCAGGCUUUUCGACACGGCAGUGCAAUGAUGCUGGCUUCUCCGCGAUGGAUUACAAAGAUGCAGGCUAUUCUGCCAAGCAGUGCAAAGACGCUGGCUUUUCAGCCAAGCAGUGUAAAGAUGCUGCCUUUUCUGCAGAGGAGUGCAAGACGGCUGGCUUUUUUGCAUUGGACUGUAAGAAUGCAGGCUUUUCAGCAACGCAGUGCAAGGAUGCUGGCUUCACAACUAGGCAGUGCAAAGAUGCACACUUUUCUGCACAGCAGUGCAAGGCAGCUGGAUUUUCUUCUCUAGAUUGCAAGACUGCAGGUUUUUCUGCCAAGCAGUGCAAAGAUGCUAGUUUUUCUGCCCUAGAUUGCAAACAGGCUGGCUUUUCCGUCAAGCAGUGCAGAGAUGCUGGCUUCUCAGCCACGCAGUGCAAAGAUGCUGCAUUCUCUGUCGAUGAGUGCAAGACGGCUGGCUUUUCCGUGCUAGAUUGCAAGGAUGCAGGCUUUUCGGCAAAGCAAUGCCGAGAAGCAGGCUUUUCUGCUAGAGAUUGCAAUGACUCGGGCUUUUCAGCAAAGCAGUGCAAAGAUGCUGGCUUUUCUCUCAUAGACUGCAAGGAUGCAGGAUUCUCUGCCAGAGAGUGCAAAGUUGCUGGGUUCUCUGUCAUAGAUUGCAAGGAUGCAGGCUUUUCAGCGAAGCAGUGCAAAGAUGCAGGCUUUUCUGCUCUAGAUUGCAAGGAUGCAGGCUUUUCCGCCAAGCAGUGCAGAGAUGCUGGCUUCUCAGCCAAGCAGUGCAAACAUGCAACCUUUUCUGCAGAGGAGUGCAAGAUGGCUGGCUUUUCCGCCCUGGAUUGCAAGAAUGCCGGCUUUUCAGCAGAGAGCUGCAGAGAAGCAGGCUUUUCAGCCAUAGACUGCAAGGAUGCAGGCUUCUCUGCCGAGGAGUGCAAGGAGGCUGAUUUUUCAGCGAAAGAGUGUGUGGAUGCUGGGUUCUCAUUCGAAGAUUGCAGAGAUGCUGGCUUUACUAUUGAGGAUCUUGACUGGGAUCCAUUGUAG